GCUUGCAAAACAGAUUUGCAAAGUUGUGUUGGAUCAUUUUGAAAAACAGUAUUCCAAAGAACUCGGAGAUGCCUGGAAUACAGUAAGGUUAGUAUAAUUCAUCUCGAUGCUUUAUGAUGGAACAGACAAAGUACAAUAUGUAGUUCUCCUUUUUGUGGGAGGGAUGCUAUGAGGAUAAAAGGCAAAGGAAUCUAAAUCUGGUUGCCCUUUCCUACUGAAGCUAUAGAAAGGAACAACUAAGAAGAAAUAGAAUGAAUCAUAUGUUGGAAAGGGGAAAGAAAACUUUGUAGGGAUGGUAAGCACAAAUUGUUACGCCUUUGCUUUGAGCAAUUGCUUUUAUCCUUGAAAUAGGAAUGCCUACUAGUUUGACAAAAUUAAUUAUACUGUAAAAGAAAAAACCAUAAAAUUUGGAAUAUUUGACUGGUUUCUGAAAUUUAGAAGAUAAUACCACAAAUCUUUAAAGCCAGCACUGCUUUAUCUCAGCCAAAGGUACACUUUGUUUGGUAAUCAUAUUUCUUUCCUAUGUUGAUGGCUGGGUAUAUUUUGAACACGUGCAUAUACACACAAAAUUAUUUAAAUAUACUAUAAAAAUAAAUAAGGAAUGUUUAAUGCAUGGAAGUGGAGAAAUGUGAUUUGUCGUGUUUGGUAAGCUGCUGUUAAUGUAUAAUGUAUGGAUUACUGUAUGGGUUCUUGACAUUGAAUGCCUGAUACACUAUAUAACCCUCUGGCAUACAGAGCAAGACAGUCUGCAUGUCCAGUUUACAUGCCAUCUAGUUAGUGUUAAUGGGAGAAGUGAGGAGAUGAGUGUGGUUACAACUAUAUAAACUAAUUUGUAAAUACUGUGAUCCAAGUAUCUAACAAAGCCUGAGGGUGCCAGCAAAGGCCUGAAGGGAAGCUGGGUCUUGGUGACUUAGAGGAGUUACUUUGACAAAAAGAACUAGACCUCCUAGGUUGAGGGAAGAAGGUGCACUGUUCAUGAAGUUAGGGCAAAAGCCCACUACAUGUUGCAUGAGGAAAAAAAGUUGCAUGGCUACAGAUAUUAUCUGGAACUUGAUUCAGACUAAUUUUUCAGAUGGUUGGCUUGUCCAUUUUUUUCUUGGAUCAACUCUUAAGCAUUUCUCCUUUACAAAGGGCAGUUCUAAGCAUUUUCUAAAACAAAUUAAGUUUUGGCUAAUAAAGAUCACAAAGUCUGAGGUGAUUCUGAGAUAAUUUUAGGACAAUUAAGCUGUUAUAGAAAUUGGUAAAUGCUGUAAUAUGCAAACCAUUUAUAUUCGUGGGGUUUAUUUCAAAAGUAGAUUUUCAAAUGGGUAUUUUCUGUCACAGAGAUGAAAAACUGAAUAAUAAAGUAUGUAAUAAAUUUAUGAGGUUUUCAGUAUACAAAGGUACUCAAAUAUAGUAUCCAAAUAACCAAACACUUAUUGCAUGUUUACUAUAUGCCAGACAAUACUGACUUACAUGAUCCUCAGAACAAACCCGUUAAGAGUUUAAGUAACUUGCCUGAGUUCACUCAGCUAAUAAGUGGCAGAGCUGAGGCUUGUGCCUGGGUCGUCUGACUCAAUAACUCCCACAGCUCAUCCUUGUUCUAUACUGUUUCAUAUCUGGGAUGUGAUUUAAAACAAACAAAAAAAAGAUUUCAAGAGGCAUUUUUUUUCUGUAGACUUUGUAGCAGUCUGGCUACUCAUAUCCUAUAAUGACUUAUUUUUCUACUUAGUGUACUCAGAAAGUCAUAUACUAUUAUUUGACCCUGAGCAAAAUGAGCAAUGAACCUCAAAUCCAUUUAAUUAGCUGUGCCUUCUUCUUCAUUUACCCUAUUGUUGAGUUUUCGUGAUAAUUUAAGUUUUGCAUAAACACACACUAAAUUUGCCAUAGGCAAAAUAAAGGCUUCUCAGCUUAGGAAGUAGUCUGAGCGUGGAAGAUGGUAUGGGGAAAUAAGAACAGAAUGAAAUAUUUUGUUCUUUAACUGCUUGUUUGCAAGACAUAAUGUACUUGUAGAGUCUACUUCCAGGGAAAGUCAAGUGCUCUUUUUUUGGCCUAUUUAGAAAGUAAUUUAUUCAAUAUUUUUAGUUUCCUGUAGUAGUGAGGAAGAUUUAGUAUUUAGUUUUGCUCUUUUUUAAUAACCUUUCUUGUCUAGUCAUCCUCUGAGCAGCCCUUUAAAAUUGGAGUUUACCCUGGUUCAACUUUUGCUCUAUUUGUUGCCUCCAUGUUCUCCUCAGGCUUCUUCAUGCCUUUGGGACUGGCUAUGCUGUUCUUCUGCUAGGAAUGCCUUUUUCCCUUCUCCCUCUGUACAGUAGUGUGGGUUCAAAUCCCAUCUCUGCAUCUUGUAGCAUAUGACCUAGUGAUGCACUAGCAAAUUUGCAGGUCACUUACCUUGUAUGUCUCCAGUUCUGCUGGCUACUGAGGUACUUGCACUUCUCACCUGGAAGACCAGUAAAUGGAGCCGCUUCAGACUAACUGAAUCUUGGGAGAAGGCCUGGAGUGUGGCGCCUGGCCGCUGUUUUCUAGAGUCAUCUACCAUACAUUCCCUCUACUGCCUGCUAAACUACUUGCCCAUCCAUCAAAGCUUUGGAUUCGGAAGCCACUUUCCUUCCAGCCCCAGGGAGAUACUAACAUCUCCAUCAUGCUGGCAAUAUGCUGUCCUGCUUAACCGAUUCAAUUAUCCUUUUGAACUGGAAAAGGAUUUACAUUUGAAGGGCUAUCACACACUCUUUCAGGGAUCUUUACCCAACUAUCCUAAAUCAAUGAAGUGUUACCUUAGCAGAACUCCGGGCCGAAUCCCUUCAGAAAGACACCAAAUUGGAAACCUGAAAAAAUAUUAUCUCCUAAAUGCUGCUUCUCUUCUCCCAGUAUUGGCUCUGGAAUUAAGGGAUGGGGAGAAGGUUCUGGAUCUGUGUGCUGCUCCUGGAGGCAAAUCAAUAGCUCUGCUGCAGUGUGCUUGUCCAGGUUAUCUUCAUUGUAAUGAAUAUGAUAGUCUGAGAUUGAGGUGGCUGAGGCAGACGUUAGAAUCUUUCAUCCCACAGCCUUUGAUAAAUGUAAUUAACGUGUCUGAAUUGGAUGGCAGAAAAAUGGGAGAUGCCCAGCCUGAAAUGUUUGACAAGGUGUUAGUGGAUGCUCCAUGUUCAAAUGAUCGAAGCUGGUUGUUUUCUUCUGACUCUCAGAAGGCAUCCCGUAGGAUAAGUCAAAGGAGGAAUUUGCCUCUUCUACAGAUAGAGCUCUUAAGGUAAGGACUGUUAA